CAGCUGCACGGCCUCGCGUGUGGAGGGUCUUGGUAUCCCAGUACGACCCGGCUCCCCCCGCUGCUUCGGCCACCAUGCCGCGCUCUUUCCUCGUCAGGAAGUCCGCCUGCUCCCGCCGGAGACCCAAUUACAGUGAGCUCCACGACUCUUCUCCAGAGUUCACUUUUCAACAGCCCUAUGACCAGGCCCACCUGCUGGCAGCCAUCCCGCCACCCGAGGUCCUCAAUCCCACGGCCUCACUGCCUACGCUCAUCUGGGACUCUCUCCUGGCACCCCAAGCCCAGCCGAUUGGCUGGGCCUCUCUUCUGCCCCAGGAGAUCCCCAAGGCCAUCGAGCUGACCUCCCUGUCUGACGAGGACAGCGGGAAAGGCUCCCAGCCCCCCAGCCCACCCUCACCGGCUCCUUCGUCCUUCUCUUCCACCUCAGCCUCCUCCCUGGAGGCCGAGGGUUAUGCUGCCUUCCCAGGCUUGGGCCAGUUGCCCAAGCAGCUGGCUGGGCUCUCCGUGGCCAAGGACCCCCAGUCUCGCAAGGCCUUCAACUGCAAAUACUGCAACAAGGAGUACAUCAGCCUGGGUGCCCUUAAGAUGCACAUCAGAAGCCACACGCUGCCUUGCGUCUGUAGCACCUGCGGGAAGGCCUUCUCCAGGCCCUGGCUGCUGCAGGGCCACGUCCGGACCCACACUGGCGAAAAGCCCUUCUCCUGCCCCCACUGCAGCCGCGCCUUCGCUGACCGCUCCAACCUGCGGGCCCAUCUCCAGACCCACUCGGAUGUCAAAAAGUACCAGUGCAAGACGUGCUCCAGAACCUUCUCCCGAAUGUCCCUGCUCCACAAGCACCAAGAGUCAGGCUGCUCAGGGGGGCCCCGCUGACUCUAAAGGCUCCUUGCACCUCUCCGGGCCCUACCCCAACUCCAGAAGGAAGGACCCGGCAUCCUUCUCGCUGCCACAGAGUUCCCUCCUGAGCUCCGCCUUCUGGCUGCGUUGGCCCCCCAGGACUCUGAGGACCACUUCCCAGUCCUCUGCUCUGAGCGCCCCACCGGGCUCUGAGGGGGGCCUUUCUUUGGACAGCUGAUGGGAGGGUGGCUUGCAGCAGAGACCCCCUCCUGGCAGCCGCUGCUCCAGAGUGUUCUGGAGUUGGCCUUUCUGCAUGGGUUUGUGUAUCCAGAGCUGUUUGGAUACAGCUGCUUUGAGCUCCAGGACAAAAGCCAGCAGACUGAUGAGAAGCUCCCACCCCACUCAGGGGACCCCAGCCUCCCCUACAGGAACCCUCAGGCCACCCCCUCCAGAAGGUGCAACUUAACUAUGCAAACACCCACCCCCAGGUGCACUCGCGGGGGUGGGCCCUGACACAAGGACAGCAUCUAGACCCCAGGAUGCCCCAGGGCCUGGGCAGCUAUUCAGCCUCCUGUUUGUCACGGUGGCACCUGUUUCACGGGCAAUUUAACAACGUCUCCAAAGGGACUGUGAAUAAUUGCCUUCACUUGUCCGGGGCCCAAGUGGGGUGCUUCGGCUCCACUGAUGUGUCUCCCGGAACUAUUUUCGGGGGCCCGACAGGUGGGCCCGGGAGGAAGAUGUUUACAUUUUUAAAGGUACACUGGUAUUUAUAUUGCAAGCGACAUUUUGUA